ACCACCUGGAAACAACUGUGCUUAUUAAAGUCUUUGUAGAGCUUUCAAAGUGCUCUCGACCAUUUUUGGACCCGAGUUCUCUGCAGGAAUUUCCAGGCUCAAGCCAAAAUGAAGUUCAAUCCUUUUGUGACUUCUGACCGAAGCAAGAACCGCAAAAGGCAUUUCAAUGCACCUUCACACAUUCGCAGGAAGAUUAUGUCUUCCCCUCUUUCCAAAGAGCUGAGACAAAAGUACAAUGUUCGAUCUAUGCCCAUCCGAAAGGAUGAUGAAGUUCAGGUUGUUCGAGGACAUUAUAAAGGUCAGCAGAUUGGCAAAGUCGUCCAAGUUUACCGGAAGAAAUAUGUCAUCUAUAUUGAACGGGUUCAGCGGGAAAAGGCUAAUGGCACAACUGUCCAUGUGGGCAUUCACCCCAGCAAGGUGGUUAUCACCAGGCUAAAAUUGGACAAAGACCGCAAAAAGAUCCUGGAACGGAAGGCCAAGUCUCGCCAAGUAGGAAAGGAAAAGGGCAAAUAUAAAGAAGAAACAAUUGAGAAGAUGCAGGAAUAAAAUAACCAUAUUUACAAUUUGCAUUAAAAACGCUAAAAUGAA